GGCCGAUGGUAUAAGUAGUUUCCGAUGCCACCAUCUUUUGUUAGACCAUUUCAGAAAAUUUCAGUUCACUGAUAGUUUAAGGAGAAAAUCGUCCACGAUAUUUUCUAGUUAUGAGUCAUGAUGGAAGACAAAAUGGACCUAGUCUAGAUCAGCAGUUGGCUGGCCUAGACUUGAACGCUGCUCCUGGGCAGGGAGGAGCCGGCGGAGGAAUCAAUAAGGGAAGGUACAUUCCUCCUCAUGUGCGGAACCGUGGUCAGACCAACGAUUUUGGUCCCCCAAAUUCUGGCGGGUACAACCGUCCCGACUCUGGCUAUGGCGGUGCGCCCCAUCUAAGUGAUGGGGGCUUCGGUGCCUACAACGGGGCGAUCCCGGGGUACGGCGGUGGAAACUUCCAGAAUUUCCAACGCCGUGACAACUUUGGGAACUUCGGGGGCCCCAGAGGUUUUGCGGGCCCGCCUCCUUUUGUGAAUGCCGGGAUCCCGCAGCAGAACUUCGGUAACUUCGGCGGGCGCGGAGGCGGCCGUCCGUACAAUAACCAGGGAGGGCGCGGCGGGGGGUUCAACCGCAACUUCGGUGGGAGGGACAACCGCAAUUUUGGUGGCGGCAACCAGUGGGAUGGCGGGCGGAUGAAUAACCGCUGGGACCGCAGCAAUGAGCAGCCGUCUAACAACCGCUGGAGCCGCGACGAUCGGAAGGCCGGUGGGGACAACUACCCCCCGCCUGAGGACGCUGACUGGAGCAAGCCACUGCCUCGCAACGAGCGCAUGGAAAGGGAGCUGUUUGGAAAGAGCAACACGGGCAUCAACUUUGACAAGUAUGAGGACAUCCCUGUGGAGGCUACAGGAGAGAGCUGUCCACAGCACAUUGUUGAGUUCACUGAUCUGGACCUGGGUGAGAUCAUCAGUAACAACAUCAAGUUGGCCAACUACAUGAAGCCCACCCCGGUGCAGAAGUAUGCCAUCCCCAUCGCUAGGGCUAACCGAGACCUGAUGGCCUGUGCACAGACCGGCUCUGGGAAAACUGCAGCAUUCCUGAUCCCCAUUCUCAGCCUCAUCUAUGAGAACGGACCUCAGGGACUGCCACAGCAUGGCCGUCAGUACGGAGGCAGCGGCAGCAGGAAGCGAUACCCCCUGGCCCUGGUGCUGGCACCCACACGUGAGCUCGCCUCACAGAUCUACGACGAAGCCAAGAAGUUUGCGUACCGUUCCCAUGUGCGCCCGUGCGUGGUGUACGGAGGGGCGGACAUCGGAGGUCAGAUGCGUGACCUGGAGCGAGGCUGUCACCUGCUGGUGGGCACGCCCGGCCGGCUGGUGGACAUGAUGGAACGGGGCAGGAUCGGCCUGGACUACAUCAAGUAUUUGAUUCUGGACGAGGCUGACCGCAUGCUGGACAUGGGGUUCGAGCCACAGAUCCGGCGCAUCGUGGAGCAGGACACCAUGCCGGGCACCGGCAAACGUCGCACCAUGAUGUUCUCGGCCACCUUUCCCAAGGAAAUCCAGAUGCUGGCUCGUGACUUCCUGGACAACUACAUCUUCUUGGCGGUGGGCCGCGUGGGCAGCACCAGUGACAACAUCACACAGAAAGUGGUGUGGGUGGACGAGCAGGAUAAACGGUCCUUCCUGCUCGACCUGCUCAACGCCACAGGUAAGGGCCCCGACUCCCUGACCCUGACGUUUGUGGAGACGAAGAAAGGAGCUGAUGCUUUAGAAGAUUUCCUGUACCGGGAGGGCUACCCGGUGUCGUCCAUCCACGGAGACCGCUCCCAGCGCGAGCGAGAGGACGCUCUCAUGACUUUCCGCACGGGAAAGACGCCCAUUUUAGUGGCAACAGCUGUUGCCGCUCGAGGUCUGGACAUCCCAAACGUGAAGCACGUGAUCAACUUUGACCUUCCCAGCGACAUUGACGAGUACGUGCACCGCAUCGGUCGUACUGGCCGUGUUGGCAACCUGGGAUUAGCCACCUCGUUCUUCAAUGACAAAAAUCGCAACGUCGUGCGCGACCUUGUGGACAUCCUGAUCGAGUCGAAGCAGGAGCUGCCGUCCUGGCUGGAGUCCAUGGCGUACGAGGAGCGCCGCCAGCAGAGCAGCGGCCGCAACCGAGGCCGCAACAGGUUCCAGGGCGGGUUUGGAUCCCGUGACUACCGUCAGCAGCACCGCGGCGGCGGCCAGCAGCGCGGAGGAGCCCCCAGCUACGGAGGGUUCACCCACUACCAGCCACAGGGGUACGGAGGCUACCCGCCCGGCGCCAUGCGCCAACAUGACCAGCAGUCCUUUGACUGGUGGGGCAACUAGGUCUGACCUCCCCGAGCCCCCACAAUGGUUGCCAGACUAGUAGAUAUCAUUAGUAUAGUAGUCACCCCGUCCCCAUGUGGCACACAAUCCCAUGAUCCUUUGAGAGAUUACCUGGGACCUACCGAAGCUCAUUCAUAUCUUAUCAUGCAAGGUAAAAAAGAAAAGUCAUUAUAUCUGCAUCACUGGCCAUGGCCUUGUAACUUGAUAUAGCAUGAAGUAUAUGUGGACAAGGCAAAGAUGCAAUAUUAUAUCCUGAUAGG